UGCAAGUCUAGGCCGAGCUUUGGCUGGACAAUCGUCAAACCUUUCACAGAGAGAGAAUAAUGUCGAGGAGGAGAUUGUUGAUGCUGUUAAAACCGAUCGACAUUUACUCAGAUUCUCAAUCAGACGGUCCAUCUCGCAUCACCAACCCUCACUCUCAGAUGUUACAUCAUUUGGAAAAUAGGCUAAAGGUGCACAAUGAUGCAAUAAAUUUUUGUCAGAAUAUUUUGUGCCGCAAACCUGUUGAGUGGAAAUCUGUAGUCCUUAACAAUCUAUCACAGCCCAUCCAUGAUGUGGAUCUUGUAGUUACAGUUGGUGGCGAUGGCACUCUAUUACAGGCUAGCCAUUUCAUUGAUGACUCAGUUCCAGUUCUAGGAGUGAAUUCUGACCCCACACGGGCUGAAGAGGUGGAGAAGCUCAGCAAUGAGAUCGAUGCUACUAGAAGCACAGGCUAUCUUUGCGCUGUAACUGUCAAUAACUUUGAACAGGUACUGGACAACAUCCUCGAGGGUCGAACAAUUCCUUCAAAAUUGACAAGGAUAUCGAUAUGUGUGAACUCACAAGUGCUUUCAACUUAUGCUCUUAAUGAUGUUUUGAUCGCACAUCCAUGUCCAGCAGCAGUUUCACAGUUCUCAUUCAAAAUUAAAAGUGAUGACCAGCCAUGUUCCCCCUUGGUGAACUCUCGAUCAAGUGGUCUCAGAGUGUCAACCGCUGCCGGAUCAACAGCUGCGAUGCUCUCAGCAGGCGGUUUUCCAAUGCCCAUCUUAUCUGAGGAUCUCCAGUUUAUGGUAAGAGAGCCCAUUUCACCAGGAGAGACCUCAAGCUUGAUGCAUGGAUUAAUCAAAUCUCAUCAUGAUCAGUCCAUGGACGCUACAUGGUUUUGUAAAGAGGGUGCCAUUUACAUUGAUGGUUCUCAUGUUUUCUAUUCUUUACAAAUUGGGGAUACAAUUGAGAUAUCUUCAAAGGCUCCAAUUUUGAAGGUUUUCUUAUCUCAACGCUUACAGACAGCAGUGAAGAAACUUGAGGAGGCAUAUUUACAGAAAAAAGAAAUACUUUGUAAAUACUAGCUGUCCUGUAUGUGCUGAACUCGUGAUUUCUUCUGUCAAUAAAAUGACUAUUUUUAUCUUUA